UAUAGUUUUUUUUACAGUUUACAGAUGCUCCUUUUGUAUUUAACGAUUAUGUAAAGCCUCUGCCCCUUGCCUCGCGUAAUAUAGAUUACGGAUCAAUGGAGUGCCUUGCAUCAGGCUUUGGAAGAAUAAAUAAACAAGAAAUCUCAGACAUAUUAUUGUAUGCUAAACUACGUCUGAUACCUAGAUGGCAGUGUUCACGCAUACAUAGACAAAAAAUGGAUAAGUUCAUAUGCACUGCAUCUGAAGUAACGAAUGUGCUACAGGGUGAUUCAGGAGGACCACUAGUAUGCAGAGAUACUGGAGACCCGAACGACAAAGACAAGCUGGGAGUAAUCGUCGGGGUGGUGAGCGGUUCCCGGGUCCAGAAAUACACGGGUAGUCACAACACCUUCUUCACAAGGGUAUCAAGUCACACGAGAUUCAUAAGUGGAAGCGAAGCAACGAUAACCACGUCUGUGUUGUAUAUUGUUUUACUGUCGCAAAUUAUAUCGAACUUUUAUUGA